CGGCAGUCGUAUGACGCGUCUCGAACUGGUACCACCGUACGUCGCAUCGUCGUCCGUUUUUCGUACAGCAAAUACUCUGAUUUUCGUCAAAAACCCCGUCACACGGUCUUUACUAGUCGGAUUUUUCGACAUUUUUUUGCUCGUCCCAGUCUGCGUAUGAUUAUUCCCGUGACGCUCUAAUGGCAAUUUAUUAUUACUGGUGUCGCGACCGACCAUAGCUCGUACCGGUCGCUUGAAUCGUCGCUGCGCGUAUCGUCCGGGGACGUUGGCGAUCAAUUUCAUUUUAUUUUAUCCGUGUUUUUUCAAUCGGCCCAGUAGUUAUCAUCGCCGAUCGCUGAGAGUUUCGUCGACCCGCAAGAUGUACGUCGACCUGACGUAAACGAACCGACGAAGAUAUCUUCGUCCGUCCCGCUGAGCUACUUUUAGUGCUGUCAAUGAUGCAAAUGUGAGUAGCUGAUUGUAUUCAUUCCACUAAACUGGCGAGCUACCAUCUGAAUUGCGGUCCUGAAGGAUUGGACCAAGGUGCAUUGUUGGGGGGCGGCUGUGGUGUGUUGCAGCAACAAUCCGCCGCCCCCGGCAUGGCCGAUGUCGUUGUCCAUAAGCGACAAGCGGUUAUCGAUAGACUAAAAAGACGAAUGGAAGGGUACAGGAGACACAACCAGGACUGUGUUCCGCGUUAUAGUAACGCUUUUGCUGAGCAGCAAAAUGUGCAAGAAACAUUAAUGCUCAAACAAAAGUACAUGGAAACCAAAACCAAAAGAAAUGUCAAGAAGAAUGACAAAAAACCCAUGGAAAAUGGCAAUACCAUGCCACCGAAAUUCGGCACGAAAAGACCGUCAAGCGAAGACAUGGACGGAUCGGACGGUGUUUACCACGACGGUAUGCCGGCGCCUCCCAAAUGUGUACCCAUACCGCCAUGCGGUAACGGUAACGGUGGCCCUCAGCAGCAACAACAAUCGCCUCAUUCCAAAAACGACGCUAGCAACAACGCUAAGUUCAGCGUGAAGAUCGUCCAGGAACUCGAGUUUAGCACUAGUGAACACCAGCACAACGCACAGAUCUCCACCAAUCUUACGCUGACGUCGGUCAACACGUCCGUGCAGAGCGACGUGACCACAAAACAGUCAGCUGGUGGCGGCCCCGGCACCGGUGGUGGCACUGUGCCCACCGCUUCCGGUGGCGGGGUGCCAACCGGAACUGCUGCGGGGGCGCCAGGUGCUCCGGUCGACCACCCGAUGCACGAGUGCAAACAGGAACAACCAGACCUGAUGGACUUCCCCGGUGACGGUGAUCUCAAUGAUCUGUCGUUCAUCAACAACGACACCAACGAACCAAUGUUGGCCGUCGACACGGAUACACUGACCGAGAUAAUAUCCGAUCUGAACAGUGAGGGCAUCACGCCUGCCGACUUCAACCAGGUGGACUUGUGCGAUAAACGACCCAUCAAAACGGAACCAGAGUCCAGGUGCACGCCGCCGGUCAAGUCUCCGUACGACCAACAUCAGCAGCAGCAGCAACAACACCAGCAACACCAACAGCAGCCACCACAACACCCGCAGCAACAGCAAAGAGGUGGUGGAGGUGGCGGUGGCGGUGGCAACAACUAUUCGAAUUGUGUGGCUGCUGAAACGCUAAAACAGUUAGCCGAACAGCAUAACAACCAACAGCAAAGGCCUGACAAAUGCGGUUACGAUUUUCCUUACCAGUCACCUGGUUCCGUGCCCGAUUUUAUCCAUUCGCCCAGCACUCCCGUGGGCACUCCAAACCCCAACGGAUAUAACAUGAUGUCUCCCGUCAACUCCAUGUACCACCAGCAACAGCAGCAGCAGCAAGAAAAGCAACAGCAGGAGAAUAAUAAUUAUUACCAUCCUCAGGAACCUCCCAAAUCUAGGAUGAAGCAACAACAGCAGCCGCAACAACCGCCGCAGCAACAGCAGCAGCAGCAACCGACUGUGGCGGCGCAGCGACAACAGAAACAACAGUUGCCGCCACCCACGCCACAGCAGCAGCAGCAACAGCAGCAACAGCCCCAACAACCACUGCGGUCUCCUCAGUCCCGGUACAACCAGUACAACGGGCACGGGAGUCCUCAGUAUCCUGUUUCUGCGGCCCGGAGGAUAACCCCGUCACCAGGAGCCGCUUCCGCCGGUGUCCUGUCGCCGCAGCAGCCCAACGCCGCCAGUCCGGAAGUGGUCACCUCAUUCCAGAUGACCCAAUCCCAACAAGUUCACGUUAGCCAACAGGGCCAACAGGCAUUUGGUCAAGGACAGGCUAUCCAAGAACGACUUAUGAGCAGUGCUUCAGUCGCCUCGUCAGCAGCAUCAAACUGCGGAGGACCUAUGCAGCAAUACUAUAAUUCAAAUUGUGGAGAUAAUGGACAGCAAUCCUAUAUGCAUAUGACUCAAUCACAGAGUAUGACAUUUUCCCAACAGCGAGCCCGACUGCUCAGCGCAGGAGCUAGUCCUACCAAUAUUCGACCUCCAACUAAUGUGCAACAGUCUAAUUUGAAUAAUGAACAUCACAUGUUACCUCAACACAUGAACAGGGCUCCGAACCAAAUGAACAUGAUGGGUCCUGGUGCAUGUCGACCACCUCCUCCUGAAUACAAGCUUAAUGUUGCCCAAAAUAUGGGUAUGUGCCAAACUCAGUUUGCUGCACAAGGAUAUAUGCCACCUGCUCGGCAGUCCUUACCACAGGGUGCUCAAUCUAGACGACCUAUUCAACAGCAACCUAUUCCACCUUCUGGACCUAUGCUGCGGUCUCAAAUGGCAAAUACUGGUGGUGGUGGUGGUGGUAGUGGUCAAAUGGCUGGCAGCUAUGAUCGUAAUAUGUCAUCAGUUCAAAGGAACAUGAUGUACCCUGGUUCUGGAAAUUUACAACGACCACCAAAUGUUACACCCAGUUCAGAAGCAUUUAACAGUGAUUGGCAAUUAUUAGCAGCUAGACAACAACAGCAGCAACAACAGCAGCAACAGCAGCAGCAGCAGCAUCAGCAACAGCAACACCAACACCAACAACAGCAACACCAACAACAUCAACAGCAACAAUCUCAUCAGCACCAACAACCACAACAGCAGUCCCAUCAAUUUAGACCCACAUUAUCUCAGGCUUCAAUGGUCAAUAUGAAUCAAUCGAGUAACACUCCAGUUAAUAAUAUUAAUGCUGCUUAUGGAAAUGGAAAUCCAAGUAUGAACUCAUGUCAAACAGGACCGAACAAUAUUCAUCUAAUGGCUGGACAAAUGCAACAUAUGUCUGCCAGAAUGGGUAAUGGACAGCAGACCAUGGCACAGCAACAACAUGCUAAUAUAACUAUGCAGUCUCAAAAUAAUCAGAUGUCUGUGAAUCUUCAGAUGUCUCAAGCAAUGAAUGUAAAAAUGGCUGGAGGUGGCCCUAGUCGUAUGGCUAGUAAUACACAAAUGGUUCCUCAACAACAACAACAACAUCCUCAACAUCACCAUCAACAACAACAGCCUCCACCUCAACAGCACCCGUCCAUGAUGCGAGCACAGCAACAACAAUCAUUCGCUCAACAGCAGACUACAAUGAGCACAGCAAACCCUUAUCAACGUAAUAUGGCACCUAGUUAUGGAACAAAUCCUCAUCAGCAGCAGUACCAGCAGACUAACACAGCAAUGCAAUCUGCACCUGUUGCAAAUCCAACAACUAUGCUAAACACUAAUAAUGGGCUGCCACCUCGUAACACCUUUAGCCCAAGUGAUUUUAAUUUUGACUUCCUUGAUCAGCCACUCGCUAAUGACAGUAAAAAUGGUUUUAACAAUAAACAACAGACGUUUGGUGAUUUUAAUUUUGAUUUCCUGGAUGCCCAUUGAAUGUUAUUUCAUAGUACUGCAUUAGACAUUAACAUCUAACACUAGAUUGAUAUUUAAUGCCUGUGAUAUUAGCUAUGAACUUGAUCACAUAGGUUUUAAGUUGUUUUAUGACCAGUGUAGUUAAAUUCACUUAUAAUGUUUUAAAAAUGAAAUUUAAUAUAAAAGUUGAAUUGUUGAACAAUCUUUAAA